AUGGCGCUGAAAAAGGCGGGAGGGAGCGUGUGGGAAGGCGGCUCCGCCCCGGGCUCGGCCUGCUGGGGUCUGCGGGGAGCGCGGUCUCGGAACUCGCUCUUCCCCCGCUGCUGGUACUACUGGAAAGACUGGCAUCAGGAAGUUUAUGAAAGUCCCUGUUUCAGUUUUACUACUGCAACUGAUACAAAAGACAAAAUCAUUAUACAAGAAGAGAACUCCAAAAAGGAGUAUGAAGUUGUUGGACGUUUUCCAUUAGUUGGCCCUUGGUGGAAAGUUAAUGUUAAAGCUAGAAGAGUGGGGUCAAAGUACUUUGUGCAAGGAUAUCCAUCAUAUUUUCUGCGGACCAAUAUAGAAGAAAACAACCGAGAAGUCUUUUCACUCUUUCUUAAAGAAUGUUCUGUUCCUGAUUAUUUUAAAGAAAAGUUUUUUGCUUGGCUUCCUACGAGGUCUAUGCUGAGUUUUAGAAAUCUCGAAGAAAAACUGAAAGAGUUUCAGGUUGCUCACUUAGAGAAAGGGAAGAAGCCUGGAGACACCAAGGAUUAUGAUAUCUUCUACUAUAUUUUGAAAUCACUUGCAGGGAAGGCGGUGUUGGUAGCUCUGAGUUUUCCAGUGAUACUGGAGUUCUUGCCGGUUCUUCUGCCACGCCAUUUUUGCUGCCUGUUGCAAAGACGGACUGAUGAGACCCGUGACAUGGAUGGUGAGGAGGAACCUUCUCAAGACAACAUGCUAUCAAAAUUGGAUGAGAUAUUAAAGAAUGAGCCAUGGAAACUUGGAUUCAGCAGGAUUACCCAUAGGGAAUUGAACCUCUCUUACUGUGAGGCAACGUGGACUGCCUUCUGUCAGUGUGAGCAUCUCCUCUGGAAGAUUCCUAACUUGCAGAAGAAUGCAUUAAUUUUGUAUGAUCAACUCAAGAGACAAUGUAGAGAAAUGGGACACACUUAUGAAGAUCAAGAUGAAUUAGCUCGUUUUGUAUCUAAAGACAUGUCCAUUGAGCACGUUUGGCAAUCUCUUGAAUUUUUGAAAGAUCAGAACAUAGUGAUUAGGGAGAAAAAACGAGUGUUUCUGCCUCAUCUUUACAAAUCUGAAAAAGACAUUGCAAGGUAUAUAGGUGGUCUUCUAUCAAACCACUCAUGGAAACUGGAUGCUGAUGUGAGAAAGAUACUUAAUGUUUCUGAGACAUCCGGAGAAACGGUAGACAACAAAAUGAAUGUUACCCAGGCUCAUGAAAUGGAACACGAGAAUGAAAACAGUCUGGACAAUCAUAAUGGUGAAAAUCACUUUUCUGAAAAGGAAGUAGGGUCUACAUCUGGUACCCGAAGCAAAGUUGAGGUAGACUCAGAUCAGUUGAUUGCUAUGGAAAAGAUUUGUUCUAAUCCUGUCACAAUCAUAAGUGGUAAAGGAGGCUGUGGGAAGAGUACAGUAGUUAGCUGCCUUUUUCGACACUUAAAGCAGAUGGAACAAGAAGUGGAAGCUGCUUCUAAAGACUUUGAAGAAGACCUGAAUGCAUCUGAAGAAUGGAAUACCUUUGAUCAUAAUUGGGAGUCAGAGAAUAUGUACACAAAAAAGCAUUUGAAUGUAUUAUUUACUGCACCUACAGGGAGGGCAGCAAGCCUUUUAAGUGAAAAAACUAAGCUCCCUGCGUAUACACUGCAUCAGAUCAUCUAUAGUUUUAAAAGGUGGAUGCGGCAUGAAGACAUACAACCAUGGAAGUUUUGUACUGUGACAAUUUUGGUUGUGGAUGAGGGAAGCUUGGUGUCUGUACAUGUUCUUAGUUUAGUUUUAAAACUCUUGUGUGAAUAUGCCCAGCUUGCCAAACUUAUUAUUCUAGGUGAUACUAGGCAGCUGCCAAGCAUAGACCCAGGAAACAUGUUUGCUGAUAUCUUUGAGGAACUAAAAUCAAAAGGCUUUUCUGUGGAACUGCGAACUAAUCACAGAGCUGAGUCACAACUAAUUAUAGAUAAUGCAACAAGAAUCUCUCACCGGAGGUUUCCUGAAUUUGAUGAGGUGCUGGAAGUUUCUGAUUGGAAUGAGGAAAUGACAAUGCCAAGCCCGGAGAAGAAAUUUAUUCUUAUUGCUUUGCCUGCUGGUGCGGGUUGCGAGAAUCUGCAGACUGCCAUAAAGACUUUACUUGAAAAAGGACCAGGAUUGCAGGAUGCCAAACAGUCACAGUUCAUUGCUUUCAGAAGGCAAGACUGUGAUAUAAUAAAUGAACUUUGUUGCCGACACUAUUCAAACCAUCCAACCAGAAACCAUAAAAACCGACUUUUAUUCCAAAUUGAUGACAAGAUUUCCUGCACGCGGAAUACAUAUCUGAAGGAUCUCUUGCCAGACUGUAGUUUCAGAGGGGCUCCUAAAGUACGUGAAGGUGGAGAAACUCCCCUCACUACACAGCCUGCUGAGGAGGACAAGCGGCUCUGCAAUGGAGACAUAUUUUUCAUUACAGACGAUGUAGAAGUUGAUAAGCAGCGCUUACUGACCAUCAGCAGCACGUACGGCUCCACCUACACUGUGAUGUAUAAGGCACUGAAGAAGCUAUGUCAUAUAAAACAUGCAUGGGCCAGAACUAUUCACACAUUUCAGGGGUCUGAGGAAAAAACUGUUGUCUACGUGGUUGGCAAUCCUGGCCGUCAGCACUGGCAGCACGUGUACACCGCCGUGACGAGGGGACGCUGCCGUGUCUACGUUAUAGCUGAAGAGCCGCACCUCAGGAGAGCAGUCACUAACAAGAACAUGCCCAGAAAAACUCUCUUGCAGAGAUUUUUGAGAGAGGCAAUCACAGAAACAAGCAGCUCUCCCAAACAAACUUCCUUUCCCCUGACAAAGAGCUGGCAAAAUCAAGAGCUUGAGAGUCCAUCUGUUUCUGUAUCUCAAGGUGCUCCUGGCCCAUCUGAACCUCCAAGUGACUUGAUCGAACAGAAAGGGUCACUGGUUCUCAGUAAGGAAGGGCAGAUGGGCAUUUUGCUGCAAAGUCCAUGUAAAAGACAAAGUCUUGCAGAGGAUUCAGCAGCAGCAGAUUCCCCACUUGGGUCUUCCAGACUUAAGAAUCUAUCUUUGGGACAACCAACUCCUAGGAAGCUUUUCAAGAGCUAA